CUUCCCGAGUCGUGGCAGCACUAAUCGCCGCUUGGCAAUAUCAAGGCCUUGUCGUGGUAAGGAAAAAGAAAAAAGAAAAAAACGAAAACAAAAUUAAUUUCCGCCGAUGGCUUGGCAAAUUCAGUGCACUGCUUCAUCACCACCCGCUUCUCCUCCGCCCUUCACACCGAAAUGUUUGCCUCCCCGUUCUCUGUUUUUUACUCUCUCUGCCACUAGCUCUUCACGUUUCUGCCCUCAUCACAUGCCGUCCCUUAGGUCUGUCACUUGCUCCUUAUCCGCCGUCGAAUCUCCCACCUCCACGGCCGGUCUUGAUGAUUCCAAGACCCCUCUCCUUGAAGUCAAAGGUUUGACUGCUGUGAUUGCUGAGACGAAACAGGAAAUCCUCAAAGGCGUUAACCUCGUCGUUCACCAAGGAGAGAUUCAUGCUAUAAUGGGAAAGAAUGGCUCCGGGAAGAGUACAUUUUCUAAGGUUCUUGUUGGGCAUCCUGAUUAUGAGGUGACCGGAGGCAGUGUUGUGUUUAAAGGGGAGAAUUUGCUUGACAUGGAGCCGGAGGAAAGGUCUCUUGCCGGACUUUUCAUGAGUUUCCAGGCUCCAAUUGAGAUCCCAGGUGUCAACAAUAUUGACUUCUUGCACAUGGCCUACAAUGCUCGAAGGAAAAAACUUGGUGAGCUGGAGCUUGGUCCACUUGAGUUCUAUGCUUAUAUAUAUCCUAAACUCGAUCUUGUGAACAUGAAGACUGAUUUCCUUAAUAGAAAUGUCAAUGAAGGAUUUAGUGGAGGUGAAAGAAAGCGCAAUGAGAUUUUACAGCUUGCGGUUCUAGGGGCAGACUUGGCUAUACUAGAUGAAAUAGACUCUGGCUUGGAUAUUGAUGCCCUUCGAGAUGUAGCAAAAGCAGUGAAUGGGCUUUUGACUCCGAAGAACUCCGUUAUGAUGAUCACUCAUUAUCGACGUCUUUUGGAGGUUAUAAAACCAACAUGCAUCCAUAUUAUGGAGGAUGGAAGAAUCAUAAAAACAGGAGACAGCUCCUUAGCCAAAGUUCUUGAGGAGAAAGGCUAUACUUCAAUUUCUGCUGAAUAGCAUACAAUCCUUAAUUGGUACACUUUCUGUCGACUACUAUCUGUUUGAUUCAAGUCAAACUUGCUAUACCAUUGUUGAAGCCAUUUAGCUUAGUUAUUUCUGCUGCCGUUCCAAAGUGUUUUACAUCAUUAAUUAGGAAGGAGUCUGGUAAAAUAUUUCUACACUGAAUCAGGUUCCAACAUCAUCUUAAGGGAGCAUGGAGCGUGCCUGCAAUGUUGCCCUCAUAGGGUUUUGGUUUUCAUAUUUAACCUCAUGCUUUGGCAUGUAAAUUUGAGGGUUUCCCACCCUUUUCCCUCAUUGGGAUGGGGUGUUAGGAUUUUCAGAAAGACAACUUUAUUUUUAUGUGAGUACUGUUGAGUGUUGACCAUAUCUAUGGUCAAUGCUUUACCAAGUUGGAUCUAUUUUUCGGCUGAAAGUCAGAUAUGGAAAUAAUAACUAUAGUCUGAUUGUAUUUGAUUAAGGAGAUAUUUUCACAGAAAUGAUUACAGUCCAAUUGGAGCUACAA